AUUAAAAGAGUGCUAGGCUACAUUGCGCCGCGGUCUUGGUUUGGCCCCUCACGAUCGCCUGCCCUUACUCCCUUCGCUCUACACUGUGACCUGUGUCCGCUACCUAAGGCUCUGGGUACGGCCAUGCGGCUCCUAUAUCGAGAAGACGAUGGAAGCUUCGGGUUGACCGAGUUCUUUGGGAGCAAUGUCCCUCCAUACGCAAUACUCUCACAUACGUGGGGGCCAGAUGGCGAAGAAGUAAUAAUCAAAGAUAUCGAGAAUGACCAAACGAGUCGUAAAUCAGGCUGGAAGAAGAUCGAGUUCUGUGAAAAGCAAGCCGCCCACAACGAUCUGAAGUAUUUCUGGGUGGAUACAUGCUGCAUUGACAAAUCUAGUAGUGCAGAAUUGACGGAGGCUAUCAAUACGAUGUUUCGCUGGUAUCAGGAAGCUGCUAAAUGUUACGUCUACCUCACUGACGUCUCCACGAUCAAUUGCGAUAACGCAAAUCUCAAGUCGGAAAAGUCAUGGAAGGUCGAACUCCGCAACAGUCGGUGGUUCACUCGCGGCUGGACGCUUCAAGAACUUAUCGCUCCGACUUCUGUCGAAUUUUUUUCGGUUGAGGGAACCCGGCUGGGCGACAAACAAUCACUGGAGAUCGAGAUACAUACAAUCACCGGAAUUGAUAUCCAGGCUCUACGAGGAGAUGCAUUGUCCGGCUUUGGAGUUGCACAGAAAAUGACAUGGGCUUCAAAGCGAAACACAACACGGGAAGAAGAUCAAGCUUAUUGCUUGCUGGGCAUUUUUGAUGUCCAUAUGCCGCUGAUAUACGGCGAAGGGAAAAAGGCGUUUCGGAGACUUGAAAAAGAGAUAAGAGAGUCAGAAAACCUUGAGGAGGCUCCACUUCGACAAUCGGACUCGGCCCAUCGCGGAUCAUCAAGCUUGAACCCGCAUUGCACAACAGAGGAGUUGCUGUCUAGCAUAUUCUAUCCAGAGCAUGGAUCUAGACGAGAGACCGUUAAACCACCUUGGGAAAACACCUUUCAUUGGAUUUUUCACGAAAACAUUCAGGAGCAUAGAAAAUGGCCCAGCUUCAUCGAGUGGCUACGAAGUAAUAAUUCAACGUAUUGGAUCAGUGGAAAAGCGGGUUCCGGCAAAUCUACCCUGAUGGCAUACAUCUUGCACGAGCACCAUCUGGAAGACAAUCUGAAGAUCUGGAGUCUCGGCCAUGAUAUCAUUGUGCUGUCGUUUUUCUUCUGGCGUGCGGGUUCUACACUACAGAAGAGCGUCAGUGGAAUGCUUCGUUCGUUGUUAUAUCAGCUACUCGAGGAGAAGCCUCAUUUAGCAGACAAUUUGGCGUCAGGUUUUAGAUUAACUCGUGGAAGGAUUCCAGCUUGGACUGAGCGAAGUCUUGCUAAAUUUCUGCAAGCAGCUCUCGAAGCAGCAGCAGAUCAAAGUAUCUGUUUGUUUAUCGACGGGCUUGACGAGUUCGAGGGUGACACUGACGAGCUUCUGUAUCUCAUUUUCGAGCUUCAAAAGCUCGAUAAUGUAAAAUGCUGCUUGUCCAGCCGACCCGAGCUUCCACUAGUAUCGCGCUUGUCCACUUUUAAGCAAUUACGCCUACAAGAUCUCAAUUUCAGCGACAUUUGCUACUUCGUCCAGGAGAGAAUGGAACCCUAUAUCGAUGACUAUGAUUCGUCUGGCAGCCAAUCGAUUGCCGCUAUGAUUGCGGACAAGGCUGAAGGUGUCUUUUUAUGGGCAGCGCUUGUCACGAAAUCCGUGAUUCAAGGUUUACAAGCUGGAGACGAAGACGACACGAUAUAUAAACGCAUUGAAUCAACACCGUCGGAAAUGGGAGCCUUAUUCAAGCAGAUGCUCCUUAGUAUCGAUGACGUCCACAGAGACUCCUUGUCCUUCUAUAUUGAAGUAAUGAGAAGCCAGAAUCUGCUCAGACCAUCCAACGGACAAACAACGUCUGUAGCUCUCAUCACAGCCUGCAGAAGUCUAGAAGAUCCGACAGACUACCAGGAUUUUGUAAAUCAAUGUCAGAGGACUGAGAAGCAGAUAUCUGCCCAGAGUAAGGGACUGCUGGAAGUCCUUGAGAACUCAUGGCUGGAUCCCGAAGAUUUUAGAGGAUCUGUAGUGUGGGCGAUUCCUCAAGAUCUGGAGGGGGCCGUUGGAAUGUCUACAAAGCAAAGCAGGAAAGCUAUGAUUGAGUCCAGGCUCAUGAUUCCACAAUACUCGAUCCACCAAGAAUAUCGAGACUUUGAGUUGAAAGCCGUAUCCUUUGUCCAUCGCUCAGCCUACGACUUUGUAUUCAGUCGCGAGUGCGAGAAAGCUCUUGGUACUUCGACCUCCAUCUCUUCAGCUUCGGUACAAGCAAGUCUGGUCCAAGCUCAAUUAGUGCUAUUAGCUUGCGCUCCUUCGCUCGUAGGGGAGGACUCUGCAAAGGAUAUCAAACAACGCACGAUAAAAGUUAUUCAGAACAUCGCAGAUUAUGUCGACCUUCCCGAUAACGGUUACGAAUAUCUCGACGAGCUGCAAGAAAUGCUGCCAGCAUUUUCCAUGGAAGAGUUUACUGGCGUGAUAGAGAGAGAUAUAGAUGAGGCCAGAGCGUCAUGGAACAAGCAAAGCUCACUUGUCAAGGAGACACUUGGACGGCUUGAUUUUUGGCUGGCUUGUGUUGAAGCAUACCAGAUCGGCUAUGUGCAAGAACAUCUGUCAGAUAUCACCAGACUGGACUGUCGCGGAUUUAUACUAUCUACUUUGUGCGAAGAGUGCAUCCCUAUUCUCCACAUAGACUUCGAGAGUUCGUGGGAAUUCCUCCAAGAGAACCAAGACAUACCGUUGCUUCUGAUAAGCAUGCUCAAGGAAAUAGACCUGCAAUCUCAGAAUUCGAUACUCAGACUUGCAUCCUUCAAAAAACGCUUACAUUUCGGAGAAGCUCUCCAAGAACAUAGAAGAUACUUAUUUCACGAUGUCUCUUGGGUGGAUGUGGAAACAGCUCCUCACCUCCACGAUGAUCGUAUUAUUUGCAAGAUGGCCGAAGUCUACGUGCUAUGGAUGUCCCGAGCACUGAGACACGCAGAUACAAGUUCCACGGACCUCAGAAUUGCCAAGUUCAUUGCGGAACAAGAUGGAGAAGUUACCAGCUUGAUCAGUAAGAUUAUUGAGCCAUGGGACAUUCAUAUUGGAACUCGGCCUGCUGAACACUAUCCAUUAUAUGAAAGAUACACAUUAUUCGAAGUGUCAGCAACCGGGUUUGUGCAAAAUGCUGCUGUAUUUGCUCAGAGGCACAGCGACAUUGCAGCACCUGUCUACGAUCCUAUCCCAAACCUUCGAUUUAUUUGCGCCUCUCGGAGCGUUUCUAGGAAAUCGGUUGAGUAUUACAAGAAUUACAAAAAUAGAGUUAUUGCGGCUCAUGAUUUCGGGCCUCGCGUCACUCUUCGACUUCUAGACUUUCUACGCGUGGUAAAAUCACACUGGCAGACAAGAAUUUCCUUCGAAGCCUUUCGUGGAAGCUGGGAGGAAUAUCUAGAGUGUCAGAAACUGAUGAUAGAUGACGUCUGGGAGAAUGCUGGCCAGAAACUUGACGCGUGGCAGCAAUUGUACACGAUUGCUUGCUUGAAGACGAGAAUAAGUAAAGAGUGGCAUGUUAUAGGUGAUGAUAAGCUCUGGUAUCGCAUGAGGGAAGGUCGCUCGACCCGGCCUUUGAUUGGCUUAAGCGAGACCCCCCGGAUUUCUGGAAGAUCUCAUUAACAUCACUUCACAAUGCAUCAUCCCUAUGGAAUAAGUGGAGAACAAAAUUAAAGCUCGAUGGAAAAGCCUUCAGGGGUGAUAUUUGAGACAUGUACCCUGAUUUCUCAGCCCCCUAAAUCCCAUUACACGUUCAUGUGCUUCGGUGAAAACCGAGAUGUGAUACUUGCGACAACUCGAAAGAAUUUUAUUACUUAUUGC